AUGGGAAACAAAAAGCAGAAAAAUAAGGCAAGGCUUGAUAAGUUCUAUUUCAUGGCCAAGGAACAUGGUUUCAGAUCAAGAGCCGCCUUCAAGCUUAUCCAGCUUAAUAAGAAAUAUGAUUUCCUCAGCACUGCUAAGUGCCUAGUGGAUCUUUGCGCUGCCCCAGGUGGUUGGCUUCAAGUUGCUGCCAAGUACAUGCCAGUUGCUAGUAUUAAAAUUGGAGUUGAUCUUGCACCAAUCAAACCUAUAAAGGGAGUAGUUACAUUUUAAGAAGAUAUCACUACUGCAAGAUGUAUUCAAUUGAUCAGGAAAGAGCUUAAGCAUUUCAAGGCUGAUAUCGUGCUAAACGAUGGUGCUCCAAAUGUCGGAGCUGAUUGGGCUAAGGAUGCCUACAAUCAAGCAGAGCUCUGUCUAUUUGCCCUCAAAGUUGCCACUGAUGUCCUUAGAAAGGGUGGUACUUUCGUUACUAAGGUUUUCAGAUCUAAGGAUUACAACUCUCUGCUUUACGUCUUCAAUCAAUUAUUUAAUAAAGUUGAGGCCACAAAACCACAAGCCUCCAGAACUCAAUCUGCUGAGAUCUUCGUUGUCUGCUAAGGUUAUAAAGCACCAGAUGUUAUUGAUCCUAAGUUCUUAGACCCUAAAUUUGCACUUGAAGAAGUAGAGGAUGAAAUGGAUGCCUCUAAGCAAAUCACAUCUUUGAAGAAACUACUUGAAAAUAAAGUAAACAGAGGAGGUUAUACUGAAAACAGUGGGAAUAUGGGAACUUUAUAUUAGGAGACAGACUUCAUUGAAUUUCUUGAGUCCUAAGAUCCUUAUGUUUUCCUUUCAGCCUAUAAUAAAUUCAAAAUCGAUGAUAAAACUAAAGACAUCUUCAAGACAUAACCCCCUCCUGAUGAAAUUUUCAUUAUAUGUGAUGACCUUAAGGUAUGCGGUAGACGUGAACUUUUCUCCAUACUGAAGUAUAGAAAUAAGUAUCAAAAUACUAUGGAGUAGCAAAGAAAGAAAGCUAAGUCAAUUAUGGACAAAUAGAAUAAAGAGUUGAAUAAAAAGGAGCCAACUGAGGCAGAGCUUGAGGCAAUAGCAGAUAAAGAAUUAGAAGAGACUAUAAAGAGAGUGGAGAAGGAACGCAAGAGGUAAGAUAAGAGAGAAAAGAUAAAGAAGGCAAAGUCAGAGUUCAGAUAGAAGAUGAGUGUUAUCGCCAGUACGGAUAUCUAUAACAUGAAUGAUGAGGUGCUUUUCGAUAGAAGGACAUUAGAGAAACUGCACGAUGUUGACAUUGAAGAAUUAGAAUUUGAUGAGUCUGAAGAGGAAGAGGAUGAAAAUUAUGCUAAUGGAGAUAUUGUGAUUAGUAAAAAUGCUAGAGAAAGGGAAGCAAAAAAGAAUAAAAAGGCUGCUGAAGAUGAAGGUGAGGAUGAUGAUAGUGAUAUUGAUGAUAAUACCAAGAGAAUCAACAAGAUGGCUGAAGACAUCGAUGCAUUCUAUUCUUCCAAGAAGGAGUACUAGGGUGAAAGAGAUAGAAAAGCAGACAAAAAAGAUAAGAAGAAGAAAGCUUUAAUAGAACAGUAGAGACUUAAGAAAGAUGAAGUCAAGUAGGAGAAGUAGCUUAACAAUGAAGACUUGAUUGAUGAAGAGGGUAAUAGAAAGGUCAAGUUUGCUAAGGACAUUGUAGACAGAAGUGAUAGCGAAGUAGAAGCUAGUGAUGAUGAGGAUGAUGCAGGGUUCUUUAUGAAUCCUCUUCUGAUGAAGAAGCAGGCAGAUAGCAAGAAAAAGCACUAGGACAGUGAUGUCGAGUGGUCUGAUGAAGACGAGAGUGACAGUGGCAAGAAAGGCAAGGGGAAAAAGAAGGAGAAGGAAAAGGACUUGAAGUUGGGAAAGAGAAAGAACAGAGAGCAAGAAGACAACGAUUUCUUUACAAAUAAGGAGAUUGAAGUAGUGCCACAGGAGAAGUUUGAGCAAGAGUCAGAUAUGGACAGCGAUGACAUGGCUGAGACUAGAGCACUUGCGAAGGUCAUGUUAAGAAAGAAGGCAAGAACCGAAAUUCUUGAUGCUACUUACAACAGAUACGCCACUUUCGAUGAUGAGGGAGAGCUACCUGAUUGGUUUGUUCAAGACGAAAGAAGAAAUUUCAGACCGAAUAUUCCUAUAACUAAGGAGCAAGUAAUGGAGGAGAAGAGAAUACUGAAGGAAUAUAAUGAGAGACCUUCAAAGAAAGUCACAGAAGCUAAGGCCAGAAAGAAGAAGAGACUCGCAAAGGCCAUGAAUAAGAUUAAGCAGAAGGCUCAGGUUAUUGCAGAGCAAGAUAUUAAUGAAGGCAGUAAGAUGAGGCAGAUUCAGAAACUCUACAGAAAGGAAAAGACUAAGAUGAAGGAAGACAAGAAGUACGUGGUCAGCAAGAGUUUCAGUCACGUUGGUAAAGCCAAGGUGCCUCGUCACAUGAAGGUUGUCGAUAAGAGAAUGAAGAAGGACCUCAAGAUGCAAAAGAUCAGAGAGAAGCAAGCCAAGCACAGAGGGAAAGGUGGCAAGAAGAAGUGA